UAUGUGUCGUAAUAAAACAAAAAGUACAAAAAUUACAUUUUGUACAUGCUUUAGUAAAACGGUAGAAAGACAAUAUAUGAAGAAGUGAACAAGUGUCCUCACUCACUCAUGACAAUAUUACCUUCUCCUUGAGCAUGGCUGACAUAGCAAUCGAUUUGGUGGUAUCAGCCGUCGCAAACAGCCUAUCCAAAAUCCUCAUUGAAGAGUUUGCAUUGUUGGGUGGGGGGACAGUUAGGCGCGUAGAAUGGAUUGAAAGAGAGCUGAGGUCAAUGCAGGGAUUGUUGGAACAGGUUGAACAACGCGGGUAUGGCGAACAUGAACAAGAUUAUAAUGAAUGGGAAGACAAGUUGAAGGAAAUUGCCUGUGAUGCAGAGGAUGUGAUAGAAACUUUUGUGAUAAAAUCAGUUAAGAGAAAGAGGUGGGGAAUUCUGCAUUGGUUAGACAAAUACAAGGUUGGAAAAGAGCUAGAGCAGAUUCGCAGGAGGAUGAGAGACAUUUCUCACACUGGAAUGAACUUAAACACAGAUACUGUCACUGUCUCCGUUGAAGCGUCAUCAUCAUCAUCAACUACCACCUCAUUAGUGGCCCCUGCAGUGGAGAAGUUUGAUCACAUUCUGAGUCAAACUAUAUUUACUAGUGAUGAGGUUAUCGAGAUGGUGGAACUAGUAAAAGGCGAAUUCCUCGACCUGCAAAAUAAAAUUGUGUAUAAUUUGAAUUCAACAAGUGAAAGAGAAAAUGUGUGGUUGGAAGAGGUGAAGGAGGUUUGUAAUUAUACAGAAAGUAUUGUGGGGAAUUUCAUUGUUGUCAAGGAAAGACGCUCUAAAAUGAGUAAGCUUAAGAAAGUCCUUUAUCUUUCAGCUGAUUAUGCUUCUGAAAAUAAAUUUAAGAAACAGAUGAAGUAUAUCAGGACUCGAAUUGGAGAUGCAGUUCACAGAAGUUUGACUUACGGAGUUGUGAGACAAGAUCAUGACAUGGGACAAACAACACCAAGAUCAACACCUGUACCAGACUUGGCACUAGAGAGGUUAUUAAUUGUACAAAUCCCAUUCAUUAUUUACUAUGCUGUUCUUCUUUUUGUCAUCUCUGCUAGAGUCUGGCCAAUGUCCCUCUUGUUGCUAAUAACCUUUGACGUAUUCAAAAUUGCUGGAGAACAAGGAAGAACAGAAAAACUUAAACCCAUGUCCAGUCUGAAGAAGAGAUGGAAGGGGGUCAGAAAUAGAAAGGAAAAAAGAAAACUGCUAUUGCGCUUCUUGCUUUACGGUUUAACUUAUGUAGUGAUUAUCAUCCUGUCCAGUUUUCUCCCUAUCCAGGCAACGUUCCUUCUCAAUUUGAGUUCUUUAAUUGUUGAAAUAAUUGCAUGGAGUGUCAAUUUGCAGAGGUCUUUGGACAAGAACAUGGAGUGUACACAAAGAUAUCUAAAUCUAAUGCGUGCGUUUUCUAGUGAUGCCAACACUGAAAGUGUGGUUCUCAAUGAAAGACAGAAAGUAUGGAUUGGUCAACUGAGGGUUGUGUCUCAAAAUGGCCAGUCCCUUAUUGAUACUGCAUAUCCAAAGGGUUAUUUGAGCAGAAUUAAGUUUGCCAAGGACAUCAACUGUUUAUUGAAAGAGAUUCUCUACAUCUCAGACAGGAAGACAAUUUAUGGCAUUGCUACAAAUAUUAAUCAACAAGAGCUAAUUGUACCUUUAUUAGAAGGCCCAAUUAGCAGCAUACAAGAGAGUGAAAUCAUUGUUGACAGUUCUGGUGCUACGUCAGCACCAGCACAAGUGAUGGAAACAGCUGCCUCUUUGUAUCAACCUGUCACUGGGCUCAAAGAGAAGAUCCAAUCAAUAAGAGGGGAAAAGGAAUUGAUGGAUGCGCUAUUUCUGGAUGUUCAAGAGAUGGGAGGAGAGUUAGAUGGAAGAUCCAGAAUCUGGGUGGAGCAGAUGAGAGGUAUUUCCUUUGAAGUUGAAUUCCUCAUUAACGAAUAUGGUGAUAAAUUAGAGCAUGAGCCGGCUCUCAAAUACUUUUUCAAGUGCCGGCCCCGACAUGUUAUUAGUAAGAAGAUAGAUGUGAUCAAAAACAAAAUUGAAGAUGCCUCAAGAAGAAGAAAGGCAUAUGGUUUGGUGGAAAUUCAAAGCCGAGUUGUGUCGUCGUCAUCAUCCACAGUUCAAAUAUUGCGUGCAAGGAUGCAGCCAUCUCUAGUUGCUAAUGCUAAGGGAUCCAGUGUCAUUGUUGGAUUUGAUGAUGAUGUCCAUGUUUUGAUGGCUCAGUUACUAUCGGAUGAGAAACGUCGCUGCAUUACUUGCAUCAAUGGAAUUGAAGGCACGGGUAAGACAACACUGGCCAGGUUGAUGUUUGACCACAACACUGUUGUAGCUCAUUUUCAGUGUCGCCUAUGGGUUUCAGUACCUUCAAAUUCAAAUUGUACGGCGCAACAGCUUCUUGAAGAAAUUGUCAAGAAGGCUGCAAUACAAAUUGAGGGACAAGAUUCGUCCACUGAUUAUGUGCUUGCAACCUUGGCGCGUACAAAGUACCUCAUAGUUGUCGAUGGCAUAAAAGAAACUUCUCAAGUGUACUUGGAUACCUUGAAAGAGGCCAUUCCCGAUACAUCGACGGGCAGCAGAAUUCUUGUUACCACUCGCAAUGCAAACGUUGCACAACAUGCUGCAGAUGCAACCUUUGUUCACCAGCUGCAGUUAUUAGAUGAUGAAACUAGUUGGGUGCUGUUCACAAGACAUUUAAAUGUGGACAUUCCCUCAGAACUCAUUAAAGUUGGAAGAGAAAUUGUGAUCAAGUGUGGGGGCCUUCCGUUAAACAUAUUAAUAAUGAGUCGUUUACCUUUACCGCAGUGGUCAAGCUUGCUGGAGGGACAACUCAAUCAAGAUCAUAUAAAGAUUUGGUCUGAUACGCUCGACGCAAUCAAUAAGAAUUUACCUUCUUAUCUCAGAAGAUGUCUAUUUUACUUUGUGCUAUUCCCUGCUGAAUUUGGGAUCCCUGUUAGAAGGUUGGUUGUUUUGUGGGUUGCGGAGGGUCUACUUCAUCAUGCAGAAGAAGACCAAGUGCCCCUGGAACUAGUCGCAGAAAGGUACUUGACAGAGUUGAUAGAUAGGAACAUGGUCCAAGUUGCCAAAAGAAAACGCAAUGGAAAGGUCAAAACAUGUCGUCUCCCUAAUGCUUUGAGACAACUCUGGUUGACAAAGGCUAACGAGUCCAAAUUCAUACAACACCGCACUGCCACACAUUCCAAUGCAGACCCAAAAAAGUCCAUUAUUCGUCGGGUGGCUGAUCAUCUCCAUAGUGAUGAUAUCUGGCACACUCAUAUUCAUGGUGACACAACAAGUCCAAAUUCUUCUUCCCAGCUCAGAACCUACUACAAGGAUGUUCUCUCCUUUAUGUCCUUUGAUGCUCAAGAAGGAAGUAAACCUGGGCAACAGGUAGGUAACUUUCUCAAGAGAUGUAUUUCAAGGGAUUGCUUCUUACUCCUUCGGGUGCUUGAUCUUGAACGUGUUUACAAGCCCAAGUUGCCCAAACGCAUAGCAAGACUUACCCGACUAAGGUAUCUUGGGUUGAGAUGGACCUACUUAGAGUCUCUUCCAUCGUCUAUAAGCAACCUAUUGAAACUACAGACACUUGACCUAAAACAUACUUACAUACAUACUCUACCCACUUCCAUCUGGAAGAUGGAACUCAGACACUUGUUCUUGAGUGAGACUUACCGCACCAGAUUUCCAUCUCAACCAAGAGGUAAUUCUCUGUCUGACCUCCAAACAUUGUGGGGACUCUUUGUGGACGAGAAGACUCCGGUGAAGGAUGGCUUGGACAAAUUGGUCGAUAUCACAAAAUUGGGAUUAGCAUGCCAAUCAAUGUCACUAAACCAAGAGGCAAUGGUAGCUCAACUUGAGGCAGUAGCUGACUGGAUUACCAAACUAGAACAUCUUCAAUCGCUGAGACUAAAAUCAAGAGAUGAAGAAGGGAAACCUUGGAUUUUAAACUUGAAGUCCUUCGUAAAUAAUGUAAAUCUCACUGACAUGUACUUGCUGGGAAGCUUGAACAGUUCAUCUGUUCUUCUGUCACAAUUUCCACUGAGCCUCGUUGAACUUACCCUAUCACAUUCGAAACUACAAGAUGACCCCAUGAAACUUUUGAAAGAUUUUCCAAACCUUCGAACACUACGUUUGCUCGCAGAGUCAUACGUGCAAACAACCAUAGUUUGCGAAUCUCAAAGCUUCCCUCAACUUCAUGUAUUAAAACUUUGGAUGUUGGAGCAUUUAGAUGAAUGGAAGAUAGAGCAAGGAGCACUUUCCUGUCUCAGACAAUUGGAAAUCAGAUCAUGCCUGAACCUGAAAAUGCUUCCUGAUGGACUAAAACAUGUUGAUACUCUGCUUGAGUUGAAGUUAACAAACAUGCCAAUAAGAAUCAAUGCUGAUGCGCAUAACAUCCCACCCAAUUGUCAAGUGGUCAAAACUAGUUUGCAGUAGAAUAUAUUUUCAUCACUGCAAAGCACGGUGAGUACUCAACUGCCUCAACUGCAAACCAUAGUUUACCCCCUUUUAUUGUUAUCCAUGUUUUCAGCCUACUCUUCUGUAUAUUGUAGCUGCACAUUGCAUAUGGAAUGUUGUAAACAGUGCCAAUAAUUGCUUCUGUUUGUUAUGUCUAUUUGAUUUGAGCAUCCAUCAUGUUUAUAUUGAAAACAUCUGUAAAUUUGUUUUUAAUUGUAUAAUGUCAAUUCUACAUCUAAAUAAUGGUGGGGUAUCGUAGCCGUUCAAAGUAUUUUUAAUA